UGCGGGAACAUGUUUCACCUAGUUUAAAAAUGGUCGCAUAAAGGAUUAAGAUAUUUAUAUAGAAGAUUCCAGAACAAUGAAGUUUUACAGCCUGAUAUCAAUCUAUCUGGCGGGAACAGUGUUUCUUUUACUUCCGGUUACAAGGGGUGGUAAUCCUGACGCAAAGCGCCUGUAUGACGACCUGUUAUCUAACUACAACAAGUUGGUUAGACCAGUCUCAAAUAUUACAGAGGCCGUUACAGUCAAGCUCAAGCUCAAACUCUCUCAGCUCAUCGCUGUGAAUUUGAAAAGUCAAAUCAUGACAACAAAUCUGUGGGUUGAGCAGUUCUGGGAGGAUUAUAAACUACAAUGGAACCCAGAGGAAUAUGGCGGGGUUACAAUGCUUCAUGUACCUAGUGAUCAUAUAUGGAGACCUGAUAUUGUACUGUACAACAAUGCCGACGGGAAUUUUGAGGUUACCUUGGCAACUAAAGCUACCCUGCACAGUACUGGAAAAGUUGAAUGGAAGCCUCCAGCUAUCUACCACUCCUCCUGUGAGAUGGACGUCGAGUACUUCCCCUUCGACGAGCAGACCUGUGUCAUGAAGUUCGGUAGUUGGACCUACGACGGGUUUCAGGUUCCAGCAAUAAGAAAUGUGAAGUUUUAUACCUGCUGUGAUGAACCCUAUCUAGAUAUUACCUUUAAUAUAACAAUGAGAAGAAAGACCUUAUUCUACACAGUAAACCUGAUAAUUCCUUGUAUGGGGAUAUCUUUCCUAACAAUACUUGUGUUCUACCUUCCUUCAGAUAGCGGGGAGAAGGUAUCCCUGUCUAUCAGUAUCCUGUUGUCCCUUACUGUGUUCUUCUUGCUACUAGCUGAGAUUAUCCCUCCUACCUCCCUGGUAGUUCCUCUACUUGGCAAAUUCGUCCUCUUCACCAUGAUUCUAGAUACAUUCAGUAUAUGUGUAACAGUUGUCGUGUUAAAUGUUCACUUUCGAACACCACAAACUCAUACAAUGGCUCCUUGGGUUCGCAGGUUAAUAUUUUUAUAUCCCCUGUCUGUGAGGUGGGGGCGGGGCCUAGGAUCCCCUCCUCCUGUGCUGAUCAGACCGAGUACAACUAUAGAUAGUCCGGAGAUAUCCAGGCAUCCUUAUCUUCGAGACAAUUGCUCUGAGUAUACUUUCAGUCCCCCAGCUCAACCUAGAUCUAAUCAUAGUCCUUCAACUAGACCUAUAUCUUCACUCAGCUACUCAUCAAACAGACAUUCAAAGUUACCCUCAGGAAGAGAAGGAUAUCCCCUGAAUGGAGGAUGUAAAGUGCAUGGUCGAUCUACAGAGAAUAUAUAUCCUGAGUACACAAAACUAGAUCAGGAGAUCGAGGAGAAUUCGCGACGCUUGUGUCCUGAAAUCUAUAAAGCUCUGGAGGGUAUUCUAUUUAUUGCUGAGCAUAAGAAGAGAAUGGAAGAAUCAACCAAGAUAAUUGAAGAUUGGAAGUAUGUUGCAAUGGUGAUGGAUCGACUCUUCCUUUGGAUAUUUACAGUUGCAGUUCUAGUUGGAACAGCUGGCAUCAUUCUACAGGCCCCGACUUUGUAUGAUGAUCGGCAGCCGAUAGAUUUCGAGAUUUCCAAGAUUGGUUUAGCCACCUCGAGACCUAUGGCAGGACAGUAUGAGGACGAUGUCAGUUCUCACCUCUAAUUUUUUUGUGGAGCCAUCUUCUCGUCAAAAAAUCAUUGAAUGUUAAAAAAAUGAUACAUUUUUGGACCCGUGAAAUUCAUCAAACGUAUGAUAAAAUAGAAAAAAAGUUCACGACUAAUUUGAUAAAUUUCCGAUAUUGAUUGAUUGAUAGUUUUUUUUUGUGUGGAUCUGGUUUUUGUCCGUAAAGGAAAGUUUUGUGAACCGCCAUAUACUUUCAGAUAAUUACAGUAAAGAGAAAUUUGCUGAGAAAACUGAACACAUCAUCUUUUGAGUUUUGAGCCUGAUGUCAAAGCUUUUUUAAAAUUUUAAACUAUGACUAUGUGAAAAUAUAAAAUACCUAAGUUUUACACCAUCAGAUUGCAAAAAUUUAGGGAUUUGAAGGUUAGAUAAAUAAUAAAUGUAUCCAUUGAAUAAUAUUAUGAGCUGUAAUAGGACCACGGUAUAUUUUGAGUUGUAAUAGGACCACGGUAUAUUUUGAGCUGUAAUAAUAGGACCACGGUAUAUUAUGAGCUGUAAUAGGACCACGGUAUAUUAUGAGCUGUAAUAGGACCACGGUAUAUUUUGUCCAAUUCCAACCAACAACAACGGAUUUUUCUUGAAUGUAUUUGCUUAAAUGGCUGGGAAAUACAGGGUGUACCACAAAACAUCACAGUUGUUUUGAAAAUCGUCUUUCUAAUCUUUGAAAUAUUUUGCGGCAUUUGUUCGUUAACCUUCUUUUAAAUGGCAUGUUCCUUGAAACAAUAAACACUUAAGUCUUGGCUUUUCCAAAAUGCGAUCUACUCUUUUGUCCUUUUAAUUUUGGGAAUUUUGUGCAGAUUUAAAUUUUCUACAGAAAAUCAAAAUUGUCGAAAUCUUAACAAAAUUCUUCAUCUCGAUUUUCAUCUCGUUCUUCAUCUCAUUCUUCAUUUUGUUCUUCAUCUCGUUCUUCAUCUCGUUCUUCAUCUCGUUCUUCAUCUCGUUCUUCAUCUCGUUUGUAAUUUUGAAAAAGCAUUUUGAAAAUGCUAGGACUAACUGGAUUUUUUUUGUGAUUACAGAUUCAAUGAUUUUACUUCAAAACGUAUGUUAUCGAAAACUGUUGAAAAUAGAAAAGACGACCUUGAAUAAUUCUCUCAAUUGUCAUGUAUCGUGGGACACACUGAUAUUGUUUUUAGUUUUUACAUUUUUCUACAUGUAAUAUUUAUAAAUCUAAACAAGCACAAAACAUCUGAAUGUCAAUUUAAAACCAAAUGCAUUUACAAUAUAAUUAUGCAAGAAUGAUUUAUUAUAAAGAAUAAAAUGACUCGCAAAAUUAACGGAAUCAUGAAUUAAAAUCUAUUUUUUAUUUACUUACAAUAUUUUACUAGACGUGCUUAACAUUUUUAAUUAAGUUUUGUAACAUUUUUCUUUUAAAGUGAAACCGGGGACGGAGUUGCACGGAGUUUUAAGAAGACUAUUUAUCAAAAUAAUAACCGUUCCUUGUAUUGAUUGGAAGAAUUUUUAAAUUGAAAUUUAUUGGCCGCAAAUAUUAAACCAUGUAAAUAGUACAUAAAAAGUACAACAUUGUUAGUAAUAACUGUACCCUGCUCCUGUACACAGUACAUUUACCAUACUUGUGAUAGAUGUUGUUCUGUUUAUAUAUGUACAUGUUGUACAGACCAACUGUAAAUGUUUAUAUGUAUUUACUUGUAUAAAAUAAACAAAGAGGAAGUA